AUGAUUGAAAUCCUGGACGACGUCUGGCGUGCCAUCAAACGGCUGAUUGUGCAGCCUCGCAAGUGUCUGCACACGGGCGCUAACGGAGGUGUGAUGAUUCUCACAGCCUUCGUGGCCUGGAAGUGUCUAAUGCUGCUCACUAACUGCGCUUCGCCCGUGGUCGUCGUCCUCUCCGGCUCCAUGGAACCCGGCAUGUACAGAGGCGACAUACUCUUCCUCCGGAACCCCGGAACUUACCACACCGGAGACGUCGUCGUCUACAAUCUCAAGGGGCGAGACAUACCCAUCGUCCACAGGGUCCUCAGCGUGCAUCAAAGAGACGAUGGGAAUCAAAUGCUUUUGACCAAGGGCGACAACAACAACGUAGACGACCGCGGUCUGUACAACCGAGGCCAGAUGUGGCUGACCGAAGACGACAUCUACGGCACCGCAUAUGCCUACGCACCUUCCCUGGGCAUGGCGACCAUCUGGAUAAACGAGUGGCAGGGGGCGAAGCAACUUUUGAUCCUGGCUAUGGUGAUUGCUGCGAUGAUGGGCAAAGAGAUUUGA